AUGCACAACCGAUCGGACGAGUUUGAAAAGUUAGACGAAAAAAUGGCAACAUAUCUUCAUUAUUUACGUGAUCGGGUCCAUCCUCUUAAGUUUGUUGUUCUGAUUCUCACGCACGUGUCAUCUUCUUCCUACGGGGUCAACCGCCUUAUGGAGUUAAAAGUAAGUGUUGAUGGUGUCGAACGAAGUAUUUCUGGUGUUUCAAAUGAAACUACAUGUGCUCAAAUUAUUUAUGCUCUCGCACAUGCAAUCAGUCAGAAAGGACGAUUUGUGAUGGUUGAAAAAUACAGGAAUAAGGAACGUCGACUUUCUCCUGUUGAUAAACCACUUGAGUUACUGGAGAAGUGGAGGGAACAUAUGUCGAAUGUAACGUUUGUUUUGAAAAAGAUUGAGGACGAAAAUGACAAGAAUUCCUCGUUAAAUGCGAGUUCAAGUAAAGCACUGGAUUUCCCAACUGGAUCUUCCGCAGUGACCGUUCAAAGUAUUUCCAGCAGCAGUAUGCCUUCGGCACUUCCGUCUGCUUUCACAAAUAAGUCUAACGCUAUUUCUGCUAACAUGAGUACAUCUUCUCUUCCCACGAUUCCUCUACGACCAACAAAUCGCGGACGGCCUCCACCACCUGACUAUAAUUCCGUAAUGGAGCAGAAAUUUGCUUCACUUGGACGUAACAUGCAACCGAAUUCAACUGUUUCUAUGCUUCCCACUGGUGAGAUGUCUAUUGCUAAGAUGGGUCUCACUCAGAAUGACUUGCUCGUAUUAAUUGAAAAACAGCGACAAAUGAUCGAAAGACAGCGAGAAAACCUUUUAAACACUGAAUUAACAUUGCCAUCCGAAGCUGACCGUGAACUUCUUCAACUUCAGUUGCAACAGGAAAAUCUCAGGAGUAUUCUAGCGCCGAUGAGGGAAUCAAACUGGCCUCAACAAUACCAGAAACAGCUGAAACAGUCUCAUAAAUUACGUGCGGCUAUUGAGGCCACAAGGGAAGCGAUCGAUAAGACAAUGAGUGAUAUCAACAGAAUGCGAAAAGAGGAAGAAGAAUUGCAGAAGAAGCUGGCCGAUCUUGAAGGCUCCAUUCCAACUUCACAACAAUCCUCAAUUCCCAUGAAUUCCUCAUCCUCAUCGAAAUUGAAAGCAUGCUAA